AUGAGGGGCUCGAUCAGCACGGACUUCUUCAGGUUGUUUAGCGGCGGAGCGCAGACCAAGAAAACCACUCGAGAUGGACAGCCCGCCAAACGAAGAGGCCCAAAGCCUGAUAGCAAGCCGGCUCUUACGCGACGGCAGGAGUUGAACCGUCAGGCGCAGAGGACACAUCGUGAGCGGAAAGAGCAGUACAUCAGAGCUUUGGAGAGUGAGGUUGCACGGUUGCGAGAGGCAUACACGCAGGAGAUUUCGGCGGCGAACCUUGCAGUUCAUCAACAUCGGGAAAUGGUCAGCUCCGUAUCGGAAGAGAACAACAUGCUAAAGGAGAUCCUUGCGGCGCACAACAUCAACAUCGACGCCGAAUUAGAACGGCGCAGAGUCGAGCGGCCAAUGGGACCUGUGUUCCACUCCAGCCCCGUCGGGGCCGGAAGCGUUGGAUCGCAGACAGGCGUCGCAUCAUUCACGGCGCAUACCUACAGCACGCCGCCAACCACAGUGUCAUCAUCAGGGAUGAGCCCGAAAGUCCAUGGAGUGGAGAAGUUUGACUUUUCAUCGGUUCCGGACGCUGGGCCGAGUAGCCAUGGCAUUGCGGCCAUGCCCUGUGAUGCUCUUGCUGCCAUAGAUCGACGUCCGCCUAUCCAGGGCGGCGGGAUAUUCGAAGACCAUCCUCAACUUCAGAUUGACUUCAUCUUGGCGCUGGAAUCACCUUGCCGAGAGCAUACAGACUACCUCUGCCGACGUUCUGUCACCGAAGCCGACGACGAGGAUAUGCCGUUUUCAGGACACGCGCUGAUGGCCACCUGCCCGCCGCCAAGUUAUAUCUCCAACACGACCAGCGAACAAACGUACCCGCACAAGACCUAUGACCUACCGCAUGCCAACCUCACGACGCUACUCAACCUCAGCCGGCAACUGGUGACAGAAGGACAAGUCACCCCGAUCAUGGCACUCCAAGCUCUAAAGAGCCACGAUAUGUACACGAGGUUGACGCGGGACGACGUAAAGCUGAUUAUGGACACGCUUGAGAACAAGGUCCGCUGCUACGGGUUCGGGGCAGUACUGGAGGACUUUGAACUCAUGGACUGCUUCAGCAGCGUUCUCGGAUCCAAGAUUGAGGGAGGCAUAUCGUUCUCUCAGCCUGCUGAUGAGACGCUGUAUGCAUGA